AUGCAUGCUUUGGGACACUGUUGCACAGUUGUGACUACUAGAGGACCAUCCCACUGGUUGCUACUUCUAGACACUCACCUGGGCACCUUGCCAGGGUUUAAGGUUAGUGCAGGCCGAGGGCUUCCCGCCGCAGAGGUGUACUUUGAAGCGGGUCCGAGGGUGUCUCUCUCUCGAACUGAUGCAACUAUAGUAGCCGUGUAUCAGUCCAUUCUCUUUCAGCUGCUGGGACCCACAUUUCCUGCUUCAUGGACUGAGAUUGGAGCAACAAUGCCUCACAAUGAAUACACUUUCCCUCGAUUUAUAUCCAAUCCACCACAAUUCGCCACCCUGGCAUUUUUACCCUUACUAUCUCCUACCAGCCCUCUGGACUUGCGUGCAUUAAUGGUCACUGCACAACUCAUGUGUGAUGCAAAGCGCUUGUCAGAUGAAUAUACAGACUAUUCCACUUUAUCUGCAUCCCUCCAUGGGCGUAUGGUUGCAACUCCCGAAAUAAGCUGGUCUCUUUAUGUCGUUCUUGGGAUCGAUUCUACCCAAACUAGCCUUUCUUACUUUACCAGAGCAAAUGAAUCAAUAACAUACAUGAGAUACUAUGCAACAGCCCACAAUAUUCACCUGCGUGCUGCAGAUCUUCCGCUUGUGGCAGCAGUCAGAUUAGACGAUCUAAAAGACCACCAGAUUCCCGCGCCUGGAUCCUGGGAUGAUUUGGCUCCCAAGCUUCGCUUCCUGCCGCCUGAGCUCUGCCUACUGCUGCCAGAUGAAUUUGAUCUAAUCAGGGUCCAGGCGCUUCAAUUUCUACCAGAGAUUGCUAAGCACAUAUGUGACAUACAGAAUACAAUCUGUGCCCUGGAUAAAAGCUUUCCUGACUGUGGGCGGAUCGGUGGCGAGCGAUACUUUGCAAUCACUGCCGGACUUCGGCUCGAUCAGGGGCGUGGACGAGGGCUUGCCGGUUGGAGAACACCCUUUGGGCCUUUUGGUGUAAGUCACACCGAUGUUUUCCAGCGACUCGAAUUGCUAGGAGAUGCUGUGUUAGGCUUUAUCGUGACUGCCCGCCUCCUUUGCCUUUUUCCAGAUGCGUCUGUGGGAACACUUGUUGAGCUAAAGAUGGAGCUUGUUCGCAAUGAGGCUCUAAACUAUCUUGUACAAACGCUUGGACUUCCUCAGUUGGCGGAGUUUUCCAACAACCUUGUGGCGAAGAGCAAAACAUGGGCAGAUAUGUAUGAGGAGAUCGUUGGAUCAAUCUUUACGGGACCUAAUGGAAUCUAUGGCUGUGAGGAAUUUCUUGCGAAGACGCUUAUGAGUCCCGAACACUCCAAGACAGUAGGAUCUGCCUGUCCAGAUGCAGUCACCAAGGCAUCAAAGCGUGUUUGCAUGGGAGAAGCGGGGGCGCAUGAAUUCAGAAGCCUUGUGGACUAUGCUUGUGAGCAAGGCAUUAGUGUCUUCUGUUCUUCGCGGGUGUCAACUAUGUUUCUCGAGCGUCUCAGAGACAUUCCAGCAGAGGACAUGCUAGAUUGGUACCGACUUGGUAUCCAGUUUUCGCAUCGUUCAGGCCUAUCAGGACCUGGCGGCGUCGUAUCAGUUAUAGACAUAAUGACACAUUUGGCUCGAGGCCUAUGGCUGGGCUCUCCAGGCUUCUAUGUUGAACAGCAAACUGAUAAGAAUGAGUCGGCUUGUCCGCCCACUAUACCUGUUUUAUAUAUCUAUCAUCGCUCUGUGCAGUGUCCUGUUUUAUAUGGGUCGCUCACAGAAACCCCUACAGGGCCCGUUGCUUCUAAGGUUCUCGCUCUCUAUGAGAAGAUUCUGGCAUAUGAGUCAUCAGGAGGUAGUAAGCAUAUAGCAGCUCAGACAGUUAGCAGAUCUCUGGCCGUACCCAUUCCUAGUGGCACUAUCCCCUUCCUGAUUCGGUUAUUGCAAAUAGCACUAACUCCUCACGUGUACCAAAAACUUGAGCUUCUUGGAGACGCAUUCCUGAAGUGCAGCCUUGCUCUCCAUCUCCACGCUCUCCACCCCACGCUCACAGAGGGCGCUCUUACACGCAUGCGGCAAUCUGCAGAAACAAAUUCUGUACUGGGAAGAUUGACAAAAAGGUUUCCUUCUGUAGUUUCUGAGGUUAUUAUAGAAUCCCAUCCGAAAAUACAGCCUGACAGCAAGGUUUAUGGCGAUACAUUUGAAGCCAUUUUGGCAGCAAUUCUUCUUGCGUGCGGGGAAGAGGCAGCAGGUGCUUUUGUUCGAGAGCAUGUUCUCCCACAAGUAGUAGCUGAUGCGUAG